CCCAUCAUGCUAAUUUAGUUCAGCGAUGAGAUUGAACGUUAUAGCACAGUUUCUAAUACUUUCAGAAUAGAAACGACUGGACAGCAUUACAAAACAGAAAAAGCCAACACAUUUUAUUAAAAUGCUUUGGUUUGAAGGCUCUAUUCCAGCAGCCAUCAUCUCAGCCAAAGAACAGAGCUCCAUCUUCGUCGUCGUAAUAGCAGGCGACGAUGAGGUGUCAGCACAAAUGAUGUCCAGUUGGGAGGACGAUGGAGUGGCCGAGGUCUCCCUUAACUGCUGUGUCGCAAUCAAGGUGGAUGCCAAGAGCGAGACAUGCUCUCAGUUCUCUCAAAUCUACCCGGUGGUGUGCAUUCCGUCCAGUUUCUUUAUUGGAGAGAAUGGAAUCCCCCUGGAAGUUGUUGCCGGAAGUGUCUCUGCAGAGGAACUCAUGAAAAGAAUCGACAAAGUCAAACAGAUGCACGCCCAGCAGAUAGCAAGUGAGGGAGCGGAAGCAGGGACUCCCGUGGAGGCUUGCCCACCAGCCGUGGUAGCCUCAGAGCCAGCCCCAGCACAGCCCCCCUCACCCCCACCUGAGCUCCAGCCCAGCCACGCACCACCUGCAGCGCCAGCCACAUCUAAAGAAUCCCUGUCCAGGCCAGCAGAGGAAGGAGCAUCAGCCUCAGUGGUCGUCACCCCCGGGGAAGACGGGAGCUCAUCGUCAGACGACGCAUCAACCAGCUCUCUGCCUGACAGGGUCCUUGAUGCUAAGGUGGAGAGGUUAACAAAGAAACUGGAGGAGAGACGGGAUCAGAAAAAGAAAGAGGAGGGUGAAAUAAAGGAGAUGGAGAGAAGGAAGAUGGAGAAGGAGAUGCUGGACUUCAAGAGGAAGAACGAGGAUGAGAAGACCAAGCGCAUUAUGGAUGAGAGGAGCAGAGAGAAGGCAGAGGAGAAGGCUGCCAGGGAGCGUGUCAAAGCACAGAUCGCCAUGGACCGUGCUGACAGAGCUGCCCGCUAUGCCAAUAACCAAGAGGAGGUGGAGGCAGCCCGGCUGGCAGCACUGCAAGCCAGACAAGCAGAGGCGGAAGCCAAGAAGGAGAUCAUACACAGGGAGAGGAGCGCCAUAGCAAGAAUACAGUUCCGUCUCCCAGAUGGUUCUUUCUUCACCAGGCAGUUCUCCUCAGAGGCCAGACUGAAUGAGGCUCGGCAGUUUGCUGUCAAUGAAGUGGGAAAUCGCUAUGGCAACUUCUCCCUGGCGACUAUGUUCCCUCGCAGGGAGUUUACGGCUGACGACCUGGGUAAGACUCUACUGGAGUUGGAGCUGGCUCCCGGUGCCUCCAUAGUCCUGCUGCCUCAAACAGGACGGCCCAAUAACACGGUGGUGCAGUCCUCUGGAGGGGGUAUCUGGGCUGUGUUGGGUACCAUCCUCUACCCCCUGCUGGCUGUGUGGAGGUUCCUGAGCGGCUUCCUCUUCACCAGCCCCGACACCCCCGGAGCAGCAGGCCCCAGAGGCCCAGCCCAGCAGCCCAACACUAACUCAGGCUCUGGUUCCUCCUCCUCAUCUGCUGAACCGAAGAGAGAAACCCUUCGCAAACGCACACUGGAGAAGCAACCAGUAGACUUCAAACGAGACGGUAAAAUCCACAGGCUACGGAAUCACCAGGACAGUGAGGAUGAAAAUAACACUUGGAACGGCAACUCUACCCAGCAGAUGUAGUGCAAUAACACUGCCCCCCCCCCCUCCUCAUCUGUCCCUUCCCUCCCUCCUGCUAAUAUUAGGGCUGUUUGUUUUAUGUUAAUCUUGUCUAAGCCUGUACUCUGCUCCUCCCCUGCAUGGGUAGAUGUAAUCAAGUUUACCUCCCGACCGUUGGGCUUGAACAGAGAAGACCCCCUUUGUGUUGAAACUGUUACUUGAUUCAUUCAGCCUCUUACGGAAUACAACCAGCCGGGGGGGGCGUCAGUACCCUGACAUGUCUACUGUAUGAUGAAGGGCUGAGACAGGUGUUGAUUGAUGGCCUUGUCUAAAUGAGAACUUUUGUGUUUAAUUUAACAUUCAAUAACCAGAUAAAAUGGUGUUUAAUGCUGUAUGAUAUGAGGCCUGUGUGUGUAGCAGUAUUUAAUCAAGGCUGUGACCCCUUGGUAUAGACUACCUCCCUCGGCAGUAGAAUGUGUUUCUACCACUAGUUGAACAUGGGAAACCACUGUACUGCUCUCAUUUAACUAUGGGAAUAAAAAUGUUUUCCAAUAAACAAUCA